AUGAGCAGCCACGCCAACAGCCUGUUUCUGCGGGAGAGUGGCCAGCGGCUUGGCAGGAUGGGCUGGCUGCAGCGGCUGCAGGAUAGCAUGCAGCAGAGAGCACUGCGCACGCGCCUGCGCCUGCAGACCAUGACCUGCGAACACGUGCUGCGCUUCCUGCGCAGGAACGCCUUCAUCCUGCUGACCAUCAGCGCUGUGAUCAUAGGGGUCAGCCUGGCCUUUGGCCUACGCCCAUACCAGCUCACCUACCGCCAGAUCAAGUACUUUUCUUUCCCUGGAGAGCUUCUCAUGAGGAUGUUGCAAAUGCUGGUGCUGCCGCUCAUCGUCUCCAGCCUGGUCACAGGUAUGGCAUCCCUGGAUAACAAGGCAACGGGGCGGAUGGGGAUGCGGGCAGCUGUGUACUACAUGGUGACUACGGUCAUCGCGGUCUUCAUCGGCAUCCUCAUGGUCACCAUCAUCCAUCCUGGGAAGGGCUCCAAGGAGGGUCUGCACCGUGAGGGCCGGAUUGAGACCAUCCCUACAGCUGAUGCCUUCAUGGACCUGGUCAGAAAUAUGUUUCCGCCCAACCUUGUGGAGGCCUGCUUCAAACAGUUCAAGACGCAGUACAGCACAAGGUUGGUAACCAGGACCGUUGUGAGAACAGAGAAUGGAUCUGAGCAGAGCGCCUCCAUGCCUCCUCCAUCUUCAAUGGAGAACGGAACCAGCCUCCUGGAAAAUGUCACACGAGCCUUGGGCACCCUGCAGGAGGUGCUGACCUUUGAGGAGAUUGUGCCUGUGCCUGGCUCAGCCAAUGGCAUCAAUGCCCUGGGCCUUGUGGUCUUCUCCGUGGCCUUUGGGCUGGUCAUUGGUGGCAUGAAACACAAGGGCCGAGUCCUGCGGGACUUCUUCGACAGCCUCAAUGAGGCUAUUAUGAGGCUGGUGGGCAUCAUUAUCUGGUACGCACCUGUGGGCAUCCUGUUCCUGAUUGCUGGGAAGAUCCUAGAGAUGGAAGACAUGGCCGUUCUGGGGGGUCAGCUGGGCAUGUACACCCUGACUGUAAUUGUGGGCUUGUUUCUCCAUGCUGGUGGUGUCCUGCCUCUCAUCUACUUCCUCAUUACCCACCGGAACCCCUUCCCCUUCAUCGGGGGCAUGCUGCAGGCCCUUAUCACCGCCAUGGGCACGUCUUCCAGCUCUGCGACACUGCCCAUUACCUUCCGCUGCCUGGAGGAGGGCCUGGGUGUGGACCGCCGCAUCACCAGGUUCGUGCUGCCUGUGGGGGCCACUGUCAACAUGGACGGCACUGCCCUCUAUGAGGCUCUGGCAGCCAUCUUCAUUGCCCAAGUCAACAACUACGAGCUCAACCUGGGCCAGAUCACAACUAUCAGUAUCACUGCGACAGCGGCCAGUGUUGGGGCUGCUGGCAUUCCCCAGGCGGGUCUGGUCACCAUGGUCAUUGUGCUCACCUCAGUCGGCCUGCCCACUGAAGACAUCACGCUGAUCAUAGCUGUGGACUGGUUCCUGGAUCGACUUCGCACAAUGACCAAUGUGCUGGGGGACGCCAUUGGAGCAGCCGUCAUUGAGCAUUUGUCUCAGCGGGAGCUAGAUCUGCAGGAAGCUGAGCUCACCCUCCCCAGCCUGGGGAAGCCCUACAAGUCACUCAUGGCACAAGAGAAGGGGGCAUCCAGGGGACGGGGUGGCAAUGAGAGUGCCAUGUGAGGGGUGUCUUGGGAAAGACCCACUGCCU